AUGAGCCGCGCCAUCACGCAGCCGGUCAACCAGGUGAGGCUGACGAACGUCGCCGUCGUCCGCCUGAACAAAACGGGCAAGCGCUUCGAGAUCGCCUGCUACCGCAACAAGGUGGUGAACUGGCGCAACCGGGUGGAGACCGACCUUGACGAGGUCCUGCAGAUCGAGAGCGUCUUCGAGAAUGUGUCCAAGGGUGUGCUGGCGAAGAACAAAGACUUGAUGAAGGCCUUCGGCACGGACAACCAGCUCGAAUCGUGCCGGAUUAUUCUGGACAAGGGGGAGAUGCAGGUUUCGGACAAGGAGCGGCAGGUAGCUCUGGAGAGCGUGUUCCGCGACGUGGCUACCAUCGUGUCGGAGAAGUGCGUCAACCCUGCCUCCAACCGCCCCUACACAGUUUCCAUGAUCGAGAAGGCUAUGCGGGAUGUCCACUUCUCGGCUCAUCCGACAAGGAGCGCCAAGCAACAGGCCCUCGAGGUUAUCAAGAAGCUCAAGGAAGUCAUGCCCAUCGACAGGGCCAAGAUGAAGCUCAGAAUUACCACGGACGAAGACUCGACGCCGCUUAAGGAGGCCCUCGGGGAGCUCGGAGUGGAUAGCUUCGAGAACGGGGGGGGGGCGGCGGCGGGCAGCAGCGGCGAGGUGCUCGAUUUCCUGGUGGACCCCGGUUUGUACAGGGACGUCGAGGAGGCCGUCAGGACUGUCGCAAGCGGGCGGUGCGCGCUUGAAGUCCUGCAGCUGUCUGUGCAGCAGGAGGGCGAAGCGGACAUGGACGUGGAGUUGAUGAGGAAGGGGUUGCUAGCCGUCAAGCUCAAGGGGGAGGAGGAGGGAAGAAGUCGUGGCAAGAAAGGUCGCGGCGGGAAGGGUGGCGGUGCUGUUGGUGGUGGCAACGUUUCUGCAGAUGCAGAGGAGGAAGAGGAGGAGGGGCUAAUCAUGCCGGCGGCCGGGAGGCGCGGCAAAGGACGCCCUGGCUUCUCCAACGACUACAACGACAACGACAACGACCAAGGCAGGCGAAAGGGAGGUGGCGGAGGUGGAGGAGCACGAGGAGAGGGUCGGGGGGCCGGGGAAGGGGGCGUGGGCAAGCGCGGCGGGAAGAAGGGAAAGGGGGCACGCCGGCGGGAGAAGGAAGAAGCUGCGGAGCGCGACAUACGGCAACAGGAGGCGCAGCAGAGACAAGAGAAAAGGGAGCAGGCGAAGGCAGAGCGUUUCGCAGAGGGUGCUGGCAGAGCAGCGGGAGCUGCAGAACGAGAUGGAGGUACCCGUGAGCAAGGAGGCGGAGACGUUGGUAAGGCGAAGAGGCGGCUGGGCUGCAUCACGUGCGGUCUGACCUUCACAGACACGGGGGCACACCGAGAGCACUACAAGAGCGACCUGCACCGCUACAACCUCAAGCUUAAGAUGAAGGGAGGAGCUCCAGUGUCGGAAGAAGAAUUCAGACUGGUGGAUGCCAACGAUUUCUUUCACUCGGACAUGAUGAACAGAUGA